AUGAUGAGCAAUAUUGUUGAUAACACUUCUUCAUCUUCAUCUUCACCACAAGUCUCUACUUUAGCAACGACGAUGCUUCAACAACAAGCAAGCGAUGAUAUGAGCAUUCCACUAAUUACAUUAACUUCCUCUCCAACAUUACCAAACGACAACAAUAACAAUGUUAAUCACAAUAACAAUAUUAAUUUCCUUAAUUCCUCGAGUGGUAGCGGAAUUUAUCAGCUGAAUAACAACAACAACAACAAAAACUCCACAACCACAACCAUAAUAACCACUCCUAUUAGCAAUAACAAUUCAACUAAUAUUCAAAUUGUCAGCCCAACACAAGCAACAAAUACACAGUACGAUUUAUCCAUAGCAGGAGUUGGAGGAGGAAAUAAUCCAGCAACAGCAUCCGAUAACAUGUCCUCUUUCAAUAAUGUUUUAACAACUUCGAGUGGUGCACCAACUUCAGUCUUUCAAUUAUUCAAUGAAAAAUUGGCAAACUUUUACUUGACUGUGAAAACGAGUGAAACUGAGAUUCGAAUGUUUGAGAGGGUGUUGAUUUUUGGUUUCUACAUGUACAUGUAUUGGGUUAAUUUGAUAUUUCCAACACUUUCUUCAGAGAGAAGUAAUUAUCCACUUUCGAAUACCAAUUAUAUUAAGGAAAAUCCGUAUGGACAGUAUGCUAGUUGGGUGUUCCGUGUACUCAAUUAUCCUAUCACACUUUCAUUGGAUGCAAUUGGAUAUACGGCGAAAAUUGCCAUUACUAGUGUUCUCAUGGCCAUGUACUUUAUCUUCAUGGCCAUACUUGUGACCGAGUUUAGAACUUUGAAAGGAAAGGCAAAACGCUUCUGUAACAAUGGCUGGACAAGAAUUCUAAUUAUGGAAAGAAUGAAAGAAAUUGAAGUUUACAGCUCAACUAAAACUCACGGAAUUAAUCAAGUAGAAAUCAAAACCAUGCUCCACGAUCUGGAAAAACAACAGGAUGAGUUGUGGUCAAUCCAUCGCAUGUUUUGGAAGGAAAUAAUUUCUGACCUACCUAAUGAAAUUAAGAUCAAUCAACUAAUCUCUCGUACAACUGCAUUGACCUUGUAUUGUGAUGAGAGAUUUAAACAUUUAAUGACAAAUUUUAAACACGAUAAGACAGUGUUGAGGUUUUAUGCAAGUUAUUUAGAGAAUUUCAAGUUUGACAAGGAAACAGCUGCUGAUUUAUUCGAACAAGCUUUUCAGUUGGAAGAGGAAGAGUCGAAAGCUCAGCCAAUUGUUAAAAAGUUUGAGAAAAAGACGAAACCAAAAACUGAAAAGCAUUUUAGUAUUGCCAAUAGUAUGAUUACACCUCCAAAUACUUUAUUAGAAAAUAGACGAAAUACCAUGAUUGAGUUGGAGGAGGAAAAAUUUGAAGGAAUUGAAGUGGCUGGAUCCACAGAAAAGAAACAUCUCUUUAUUAGAAACGCUCUUAACACUCCCUAUCAAUCCAAAGUACGAAAUUACACAUUAAUUGGUUUAGCCUUGUUUCAGAUAGUUUUACUUUUAAUUGCAUUCAUUCUUUGCAUUGUUUUGGGAAGUUUAGUUACGGAAAUUCCAUUAUCUUUGGAUUCUUGCUUACCUGGAACGAGUCCUUCAAGUUUGAUGCGUGAAGUGAGAAUGGGACAAAUUUACAAUGAGCUUUACAAUAAUCUAAAUAUUAGUCAACCAGCUGUGAAUUCCUCUGAAUAUGAAACUAUUCAAUAUUUUCUGAAUAAUCACCAACGUAGAUUGAAAAGGAUUUUGCAAUAUUUACAAAAUCUAGCUGCUAAUUCAAUAUCACCACAGUUUACAACACAAAUGGUUGAAGAUUACAAAGCUGUGAUUAAUCCGAUUGUUGUUCCUACAGCAAGUGUAAGCACCAGUGAUAGAGUUUACACGACGAGCUACAAGAAGAACAUUUCCAUGAGUGAGUUGACGAGAGAAUUCAUAUCCAACACGAAAAUUAUUUACAAUUGGAAGAAUUACAAUGAAACGAUCAAAUCUUAUGAAUUUAUGUAUACUUACCUUAAUAGAAGAGCUGCAAGUGAGGCGAAUGGUCUUUUUUGUUCAAAAUUUCAGAUUAGAAAGAGGGCUCAGAAUUUGCUACUUGAUAGAAUUUUGAGAAUUUACUUAUUUACUUCCACAUUUGUAUUAAUUAUCAUUUAUGGAACAUUUUUAAUAAUUUCCAGAAUUGGAAUGUCUAAAUCUUCUCGAAUAAUCAACCUAUUCAGUAAGAUUCCCAAAGAAUUCGUCGGAUCCGUCUAUCAUGAUCUUCAAAAACGGUCCACUCAGGAAGUGAAACAUUUGAGAAGGGUAGUUAGUCCAAAAUUCAUGUCCCUUAGUAUUGGUUUUCUUUCCUUAAUAGUAUUUUCACUUUGUAUUUCAUUUAUGUAUGUGGAAAAUAAUCUGAAUGUGGCCAUGUCAUCUCAGGCCAUGGUCAAUGUGGACACAGCCACAUCAGUGAUAAGAGCUUGCACAAGAUUAAAUGUCCGAUUGGGUGAAUUGUUUGCCUUUUAUGGUAUCAAGUCAGGGCAUUCUGUUAACGAUCCUGCAUUAGCCAAUCAAUCCAAUCUAGAUACAUACCACUCUGAUAAUCGCAUCUACAUUUCUGAAGCACAAUCUCAAUUUGCAGAACUUUUAUUCGGUGGAAAUUUGACAAGCUCAAUAUUCAACAAAUAUCCAGGAGUUGACGAGGUAAUUACUGCUCCACUUACAUGUCUAAAUGGAACGUGUUAUGAUUUACAAGAAUUAGUUGCAACUGUUCUUCAUUUGUGUUCAAAAUUCAAUGAAGAUAUUUUGAAUCCAUUCUAUGCAAAGGCACCUGACACUUUUUUGUACUAUCUCAGUAUAUUUAACAUGACAGAUGAAAUGAUUGAGAGAUUAUUGGAAUUGUUGACAACACUUUCUUCUACUUCAUCAUCGAAAGUGAUUAGUAUUGUAUUCUUUGUGUUUGGAUUUUUCUUCUUGAUUGCUUUUAAUUAUUACAUUUAUAUGAGCUUUCACACAACUGAUUAUGAUAUUACCACAUUGAGAACGUUUUUGAAUUACAUUCCAAUAGAUUAUUUAGAUUCGAAUGAUAUUUUGAAGAAUUUCAUUGUGAAUAAUACACUUUCUAAUAGUUCACAUGUGAAACGAAAGACUGAAUAUGACGAUGCCAUUAAGAAUCUUCUCAAUUCAAUGGUAGAAGGAGCUGUCACAUGUAAUGAAAGAGGAGAAGUGACAUUUAUCAAUAUUGCAGCUCAGAAAAUGUUUGGAAAAUCAGCAGUUGACGUUUUGGGUUUAUCCUUCACAACACUCUUUGAUCCGUCUUUUCACGAAUUGAUGAAGAAAGCAACUGGCGAAUUCAAAUACCAUACGAAAGGGGAAGAAAAUGAAUUGGGAGAAGUAUUGGAAAUUGAUUGUAUUCGAAAGAAUUCGAGUAAAUUUCCCGCCAAAGUGAGCAUUUUUGGAACUGAAAUUAACAAUAGCUCAUUUGUUUCUCUAUUUAUUAAGGACAUUACAAUGGAAAAGAAACAGAAUAGUUUACUUGCGGAGGAGAAGAAAAAUUCUGAAAAUUUAUUAAGGAACAUUCUUCCAGAAGAAGUUGCGACGAAACUUAAAAAUGGAGAAACUUUCAUUGCCGAAAGAUUUUCUGACAUUACUUGUUAUUUCAGUGAUAUAAUUGUAAACGGAUUUGAUGAUUUGACAGAUAAAUACAAUUUGGAAAAGAUAAAAACAAUUGGGGAUUCGUAUUUUUGUGUUGGAGGAUUGCAUGGUGUGAAUGCUCAAUCCGAUCAUCCAGAAAGAACUUUGAGAUUUGCAAUUGACACCUUGUCAGUAAUCCGUUCAUAUAAUUCUGAAAAUUUAGAUUCACAAUUGAAUGUUAGAAUUGGAUUGAAUACUGGAGGAGUUAUUGCUGGUGUGAUUGGAAGAAAGAAAUUUGCCUAUGACUUAUGGGGAGAUACCAUCAAUACUUCCUCAAGAAUGGAAUCUACUGGGGUACCAGGACGAAUCCAACUUUCUCGAAGUACCUACGAAAGAACAUACGAUUUAUUCGAAUUUGAAGAAAGAAAAGUUUCGGUAAAAGGAAAAGGUGAAUGUAAAACAUAUCUUGUAAAGGAGAAACAUCAUGUGAAUCCAAUUGUGAUGCGUCCAAAUAGGUCUUCCAUAUCUAUUGGCAAUGAUUUGGAUAAGAUUUCCAUAAUGAUUAGUCCAGCAGGAGAAGAUAUUUAA